AUUUGAAGUGUAUGUGUGUAUGUUUGUGUUUGUGUUUCUGUGUGUUUGUGUGUGUGUAUGGUCUUAGCAAUGUGUAAAUUAGAUAAAAGCAGUAAGUGCGGUGUACGUCUUAGACUUGCUUACGAUGAAUUUGCAUAAACUUGUUGGGAUAAUAGGCCUGCUGGGGUUGGCCAUGUCAUGUCAAGCAUAUCCUACUUUAGCCUUGCCUCGUUUCCACAGAUCUGUAGAUAGAAUUGCCAAAGGAUUGGCAAUGGAUUUGGGUUUUCCUAAGACCGACGACGAUGUUUUGCAAUUGGAACGUUUACGGGAAUUACGCGAGAAGAAAGAGAGUCAACCCUAUUACCAUCAAAAAAAGAACGAACUUAUAGCUGACGAGAUACCAUCGGUUGUUGAUGAAAGUCCAAACACUUUACCAGAAUUGGAACAACAACUGGAGUCUGCAGCUGGUGAAACAACGGCAACACCAUCCAAAGCACCAGCUGAGACACCAAGUGAAGCUCAAACCAAUGUCGGCGGUACUGGUAUUCACAGACCACCACAUUUGCAGAAUAAUGAUGGAGGCAAAGCGGAAACAGUCGCGGGCGGUGGUGGAGAGAAAGCUAAAGCAGCAGCUAAGUGUCGUUUGGGUAUGCACGGUGCAGCACGGCUAAUGUACGGACAAAAUCCCGAAGUACUUCCAACCACGACUUCCACGUCAGCAGCACCGGCCAUAACAACUACUAGUACUACGUCUACCUCUACCAGUACAAUUGCCGCUGUGGACGCCGAGGCUGCGCCUGUUGAAGAGGACAAAAACAUUGAAGCUAGUGGAGUAAAUGAAGAUGAAAAUGAUAAACCUGUAGAGUCAGAAGCAACUGAAAUGCCUGCGGUUUCCUCCAACGAACCAGUACAUCUAAAUCCUAUGAGGCCCAUGAAGGCAGAACGCAAACCAAACAAAGAGGAUGAACCUGCUCGACAAUUAAUAGGUGAUGUGAUAAUUGACGAAACAGCACCAUUGAGAAAAAGUGCCAGUCGAAGAUCGGUUCCUACGAUGAGUUCAAAGACAGCCGAGAGUUUGCUAAAACACGCCAACGGUCAAUAUUCAUCUUUCGAUAUGGCGCAGUAUGUUUUUUGGACGGGCGAUGAGGCCGGUGUGGCGCGAGCAGUUGAAGAACUAAUACACCGGGAUGCGAUGUCGCGUGAAGAAGCCUUAAAAUUCUUGCAUGAUAUACGUAUGGGUAUUGAAUACUUGCAGAAAUCAUAUGCGAAUCGCAUCUUCCCCGAAGAAAUCCAUCACAACACUGUUAAGAAAAGUUUUAUGCCGACAACAACAACAACAACGACUACAACUACAACUGCUUUACCGUAUGUCAAAUUAGAACAAAAUUUGCAAGAAACAGAUUCGGAAAAUUUGAAUUUGGCCAAGACUUUGGACAGCAUAUCAUUGUGGCAUAAGUUACAAGCACUUAACAACGAAGAUGGACAAGAUUUGGCUGAUUUGGACGCCUCUGAGACCAGGCAUUCGAAAAUCACUGAUUGUGAACACAAGGAAUAUAAUUUGGAAGAAAUCAUAUACAAACUGGCUCGGAUAAUGUUUACUCAGUCCCUGACACAUGGUUCCGAUGAGGCUCAAAAGGAAAUUCAAAAAUUAACCGAAUUCUUGGAACGCGAGCAUAAGUUGGGUGUUAUACCGGUCGACUUGGAAAAGAAGGUUAUCCAUGUUCUUUUGCAAGCUUUAUCCGACACUUUAACCGAUAAGCCGGAAUUAUGGCCAGCCGCUCAAUACCCUUAUAAUCGACUUUUACGCAGCUACGCCCACGCAAAUUAUGGUGGCUCCAGUCUAAAUAGCGUUUAAGCUCACACACUCAAAAUUAAUCGUUUAUGUGUGUGUGUAAUGAAAAUUAAAAAAGUGAAGAGAAGAAAAACUCGUCGCGUACGUAGCAGUUUAUAUAGCUAAACCGAAAGAAGAGAAUAAUACAAGAGUUAUCGUCCAUUAAUAUAAAAUAUAGCGAAAUACAACUAAAUAACGCAUACAAUUAAACAAACACAAAACCGACUAUAGACUAUAUAACUUCGAUUUCAAUGCAAACAGCAGCACUUUUCGCUCCGAUGGUUACUUCAAAAAGUUGCAAAUUCUGACGAAUCGUUUAUCUGUUGUAUACCUGUUUUUUAGGCAGACAUCAGCGGACAAGCCAUCCGCAAGCAUAUAUCGUUAUUGUUUUUUUUGUUUCUUUUCUUUACUUACUUUUAGCCUUCCGCUAUAUAUGUGCAGUAAGUUUGCAAUUUUCUUUAAACGCUUUCAAAUAAACUUGAAGAGAGCAAUAGAAGCUGACCGAUGUUACACGGGGAUCAAUUAUCUAAAAAGUACUGUCAUUUCGUUUCUUCAAAUUUUUCAAAAAAAAAAAAAAAAAAAAAAAAAAAAAAAAAAAACAAGAAAGAAAGAUGUUCGUGUUCCAUAAAGACUUGCGAAAAGUAAUAAGAGUUAGUGAAAUUUUGUUACUUAUAUUUCGGUUGUAGACAAAGACCUGUGUUUCAAAAACAUAUACGAGAUUUUUAUUUUUCAAAAAAAGAAAGUAAUUAAAUGUUUUAUUAAAAAAUUCGAAGAAUUUUCAUUUUAAAGCGUAAGAAGAAGAAAGCAAGCGAGCUUUAUCGUAAUAUAUAUUUGUUGUAUACACCGAUGAAUUCCCGGCAACAAAUUUGUUAAAAAAGAAACCUUAUAUCUAUAAGUAUAUGUUAUGCCUAAUAUGUAUAAUACCAGUAGAACACAUAGAUACAUACAUACGUGUUUAAUGAAAAAAAAAAAAAAAAA